CUACUUGUCCUUAUCUGUAUCACUCACUCACUCACUCUGUCUUUCCUUCUAUCACUCAUUAGUAACUCAUUAGUACCAAAAUACCAAACUACCGCAUCAUCAUCUUCAAUUCUUCGCAUAAACCCUUGUUGGAGUUGUUGCAAAUUGUUUGUAAAAAUGUUGAAAACAUCAGAAAUAGUGGAGAAAUUGAAAUUAAAGUCCCACCCAGAUGGUGGAUUUUACAUUGAGACAUUCAGAGACAAUUCUGUCACUCUCUCCAAAUCUCUCCUUCCUCCUCAAUACAAGGUGGACCGGGCUGUUAGCACUGCCACUUACUUCUUGCUGCCUUCUGGGAGCGUGGCGCAUAUCCACCGUGUUCCUUGUGCUGAAACCUUUCACCAUUACAUGGGAGAUCCUCUUACGGUGAUAGAAUUGAAUGAAAUGAACGGAGAGGUCAAGUUAACUCGCGUUGGGCCUAACCUACUUGAGAAUGAGCAACCACAAUACACAGUGCCUCCUUUCACUUGGUUUGGUUCGUUUCCAACAAAAGAUGUUAUCAUUUCUGAAGAUGGUUCACAUAUUGAAGUCACACCCAGAGAUGCUGAGAAAUACUACUCUCUAAUGGGGGUCACUUGUGCACCUGCUUUCCAUUAUGAAGACUCACAAUCGUCGAAGCGAAGUGAGCUUGUUGCAAAGUUUCCCAAGUAUGAGUCCCUUAUCUCCCUUCUCACCAUCUGAUUAACUCUUAAUUAUAAUCUUAAUUAAAGAGAUCGAUCUAUGUUGUGUGUGGGGGUUCGGCAUGAUCAUUGUACUAAAUAAAUGUGUCAAUUGAAAGUAGAUGUCUCUGAUAAACACUUUGAUAUGAGAAUAUCAAGAAAAGUUGUACUUUCAAGAUUUUAUUUAUCUAUUACUACUCCUUCCGUCUAUAAAAGAUAGCUCGGUAUUCAUUUCUUA